CAACAUUGUGUCAGACACUGAACCAUCAAUGUCAAAACGUGUACGAACUCUCGACAGCUUCUUCAGCCCACCACCACUGAAAAGACCCAAGGCAGCCCAAAAUGUUACUGGAGAAGAGCAACGCGAUGAACAUGGCGACACGAAGGGCGUGUCCGCAGCUUACUCUCGGCAUGCAACAUACCCAUUCUCAAUAACUCACCUGCCCAUGGAGCUGCGAGAAAUCCUCAACUUUGUCCCAGCUGCUGAAGCUCGUGCGAUCAAUGACCAACCUGAGCUGGAUCUUUUAUCCUUCACUCCUUUCAUACCUAAAGCGGCACAAGUUGAACUCUUCGAAUUUCUACGCGCAGAGUUGCCGUUUUACAGAGUGAAAUACACCAUCAAACGCGGGCCGGUAGAGACUGUGAUCAACACACCGAGAUUUACGACGGUUUUCGGCGUGGACGACACUGCUCGGUUCAGAGACGGUCAACUCACGCACGCGAUCUCUGGCAGUCCUCUUGCAAAGGACAGCUACAAAUGCUGCCCUCGACCUCUGCCCCAAUGUCUGGAUGUGCUCCGGGAACUGACAGAAAACGCCACCGGCUGUAGAUUUAAUUUUGCCCUGGUCAAUUACUAUGCCACUGGUUCUGAUAGCAUCAGCUAUCACAGCGAUGAUGAGCGAUUCCUAGGAGCCGACCCUGCUAUAGCAUCAUUCACACUUGGCCAGGCUCGUGACUUCCUGCUCAAGCAUAAGCCGACGCCGAUGAACCAUACAUCAGAGACCAAGCCUACAAAGAUGCCACUUGGUCCCGGUGAUAUGCUGCUGAUGCGAGGCAAGACCCAGAGUAACUGGUUACACAGCAUACCCAAGCGCCAGGGUAAAGAUGCCCACAAGGGCCGUAUCAACAUAACAUUCCGCAGGGCAUUGAUCCGAGCAGGAACCGAAAAUUACUAUCGUUACAACGUCGGAGAUGGCAUUGCGUAUAGAUGGUCGGCUUCGAAGCGUGAGAUGGUUCCUGAUAGCGCGAUGUCGUCUUCUAGUACCGAAGUAUGACAUGCGGUGCAUAUGUGUACGUUCUCUCCUGAUGGAUUGGGGUGAUGCCACUUCUGAAAUGCUGUCACGAGUUGCCAAGAUGUAUGCAACACUGCAGUCCACGGGAAUGACGCAACUCUCGC